AUGAUUCCCGAAAACGAGCAGCCGCAACUAAAGCAAUGGGCUUUGCAACAGCUCGAGAACCUGAGUGAUGCCGACACGUCGAUUCUUGGCGACUACGUGAUCGCCCUCGCCAACUACGACAUGCCCAAGUCGGAGCUUGCGGAAAUGUGCAGAUCCCAGUUGUCGGAGUUUUUGCAUGGCAAUACGGACGCCUUUGUCGAGGCUCUAAUGCACGCUAUUGAGACCAAAAGUUAUAUGCAAGAGCCCCUCCAGCAGCCACAGCAACAGCAACAACAGCCGCAGCAGCAGCAGCAGUUCCCACAGCAGCAGCAACAAGGUCAGUUCCCUACACCACCUCCGUUUCCUCCGGGAUUCGACUUUGCACAGAUGCAACAGAUGGGAUUUCCCAUGCCUGGUAUGAACGUGCCGUUGCCCAGCCACCAGGGAUUCAUUUCCGGCCAGCAGAAGCGAUACAACAAUAACAACAAUGGAGGAAACAAGCGGGGCAUGAGCGCAAUCUCCACACCUCAUUCGUCGACAGAGUACAACAGAAAGCUUGUGGUGGAAAAGAUCCCCGACGACUACUGUUCUGAGCAGGCCGUGCGAGACUUCUUCUCAAAGUUUGGAACUCUCAACUCGGUCAAGGUGAAUUUUGCCGGUAAGCUGGCAGAGAUCGAGUUCUCGACCACAGCCGAGGCUAAGAACGCGUACAAGUCGCCUGAGACUAUUUUUGACAACCGUUUUGUCAAGGUGUACUGGCGCAAGACUGACGACGAGACUCCUGAGAACGAGGUCGCAGAGCAGCAGAGACUGCAGGAGGAGCGACAGGCUGCGUUUGAGGAGAAGGAGCAGCGUCGAAAGGAGCAUUUGGAGAAGAUGACCGGAAUUCUGGCCCAGAAGAAACAGCUGUUGGAAAUGCAGAUUGAGCAGCAGGAACUUCUCGCGAAGAUGGGACAGCCCGUUACCCAGGACGUGGAAGAUCUUCGAAACCAGCUGGCAGAGAUUCUGGAGCAUGAGAAGGACCCCACCAAGGUCUUCAAGUCCACCUCAGCGGCUUCGUCGUUUGCUCCUCGAGGAAGAGGAGGCUUCAGAGGUCGAGGAGCUCGAGGUAGAGGUGCCUUCCGAGGCCGAGGAGGUUACCACCCUUAUGGAGCUCCACCUGCACGAGAAAACGUGGAUAGAACCAAGUUUUCUCUCGAUCUGCGACCCAAGGACGUUUUAAUCUCUCCUGUCACGGCGGACAAGCAGGAACACAUUCGAGCCCACCUGGUGAGUGUUGGAGAGUACUCCAAUGUUGCCCAAGCAAGUGGAGACUCUGUGGUGGUCAGCUUUCCCGACAGAAGAGCCGCUGAGAAGUUCUUCUACGGCUCUGCUGAUAUUCCGGACGUUGGAAAGGUGGACAAGCAGUGGUUUAAGCAGGUCAAGAAGGAUGGUGAGGGGUCUGAGGUCAAGACGGAGGACGUGAAGAUGGAGGAGAACUAA